AUGAACGAUUUGGCUGCUGCAAAAGUAAACGAUUUUCAAAAGCUGAUCAGUUCAUUUGGUGGUCUUGUGCGCGUCGAACUUGCCGAUGUCUCCUCUGUUCCGUUCCUUGUCAACUUAUAUCACCCAACCGUGGAGGGCCGAAAUCUUGGCUUAUCAUUCUAUUGCCCCAACGAGCAAGCAGGCGAAAAUGCGCGAAGAAGAAGAUGGGAGGAAAAAUUGGCGCGAAUGGAGGGCAAUUUUGCAAGUGAUGAGAAUAGCGAUGAAGGGAGUUCCGAUGAGCUCAGCUCACUACCUGAUUUUUGGCCAGAAUUGCAUAUCGUUCCAGAAGCAUGGCUAAUGCCGGCGAUUGCUUGCGCAUAUGCAGAUACUCAUCUCGGCUGUGGUCCAUGUCGGGUUAUUAUAGCAAAAGUUAACGACCAAACAGUUUUGAUACGUUCCGCGGAUCAUGGAUGGAAGAAGAGUUUACUCAAAACAAGCUGCUUGUCGGGCUGUUUGCGUUUGCUAACCAGAGAAUUCGCCGAAAUACCACUUAUGUAUCUUUGCCGUUUACCAUCAUCCUGGGACAAUCGUCCACAUCGAUCGGAAACAAACAUUCUGCGCUCCAUCCUGCCGGUUGGCACUCCUGUGAAAAUUCGAUGCUGUCGUGGUAAACGUACUGUGCCAGUUAAAGCCGAUUUUUUCCUUGAAACUGGUGAAUCCGUACUUGACAUCGUCCAGGAACUGUGA